GCGUCUUUCUCUAAGUUACAGAGACGCCCAAGACACGAGGCAGUUCGCCAUCACCGUUUCAGCAAGAAUGUUCCCAACCAGUCAUAACUGGUUGCACUGGCUACAUGCGUCCGACAUUUAUCUUCACAGUUUCAAGCCCUACCGAGACAUCAAGCGAGUAUCACACUUCUCCAACGAACUUUCAAGUUCAAGUCUUACGUCUCAUGGCCGCUCACCUUACGCCCCUCGUAGACUAGUAUAGAAUAUCUGCUUGUCUAUGGGGCCCUCAGACUAGAUGGAGGACGCGAAUAAGAUUACUAUUACAUCCGUCAGCAAGGAUGAACCGCUCGUGGGCAGAAGGGAGUUGUGGAGCUAUUAUCCGCUUCUGUUACCGAUGACGAACAACCCCAAGUUGGACAAUUAUGUCCUUGUGCCUCUCACCACGUACUGGGUAGUACUUGGUAUCUGGUGGUUUAUAUUCCAGGGACCCAGGCCAGGACCUAGUUUACCUGAAGGCGAACACAACAUAACGAUUGGAUGGAAGGAGCGCUGCGCUGAAUACAUACAAGUAUCUUCCCUACAGCUUUGUUUAUCUGUUCUCCUUCCUUCUCACAGAUGUACUGUUUGGUUGUCUGCCUCUCGAGCCAUACCUAGCAUCUUCAUACCACCGGAACUCUCGUUACCAUUUGCCAGAACAGCAAGUUCAGUUUCUCGUUCCUGCAAAAUACCCCCCUUGGGCUUGUCACAGGCGACUAUCUCGACUAUGAGUACGAAGGAGAUUGGUGUGUAGCACU